AUGUCCGACAAAUCGAACAACAAACGGAAGUGAAGCAUGAGGAAAAAAAGAGAUGUUUUGUGUAUGAAGUUAGUUAGCUAACCUUAAGUUGUGUUGUCAUUUAAAAUAAGUCAAGCAUUGCAUUGUGGAAGGAAGCAUUUUCUUCUGUUUGAUAUCCUCCGAAAUUAGAUAGUCCUCCUGGUCUCUUUCUCUGAGAGCAGGAACGAAGAGUCAGCCAGGAUGGAUCCAGCUCUACUGAGGGAGAGGGAGCUGUUCAAGAAAAGAGCUCUGUCCACCCCAGCUGUAGAGAAGAGACAUGCUGCCUCUGACUCGGGGUCCCAUAAGAGGAAGAAGCCCAAAGUUGAGAAAGACGGCUCCUCUGGAUCCAAACACGGCUCUGAGUCUAGUAAUGGCAAAUUUAACAUCAAGACGAGCUCUGGGUACAAGUUUGGCUGCCUGGCCAAGAUAGUCAAUUAUAUGAAGACAAGACAUCAGAAUGGUGAUACACACCACCUGAACCUAGAAGAGAUUCUGGAUGAGACCAAACUUCUGGACAUCAGCAUGAAACAGAAGCAGUGGCUUAUGACUGAGGCUCUGGCCAACAACCCAAAAAUUGACGUCCGGGAUGGGUCGUACGGCUUCAAGCCCAAGUACAACCUGAAGGACAAGAAAGCGUUACUGAGGCUGCUGGACAAACACGACCAGCUGGGCCUGGGAGGCGUGCUGCUGGACGACGUCGAGGAGGGGUUGCCCAACUCCGCCAAGGCCAUCAAGGCUUUGGGGGAUCAGAUCAUCUUUGUGACACGGCCGGAUAAAAAGAAGAUCCUAUUCUACAAUGACAAGCACUGCCAGUUUACAGUAGACGAAGAAUUCCAGAAAUUGUGGAGGAGCGUUCCCGUGGAUUCCAUAGAUGACGAAAAGAUUGACGAAUACCUGAAAAAGCAAGGCAUCUCCUCCAUGCAAGAAACAGGACCAAAGAAAGUGUUACCAAUUCAUAAGAGGAAGAAAGGUGGGCAGAAGAAGAGAAACUUCAAGACACACAACAACCAUUUGGCCGGCGUGCUGGAGGACUACACAGAUGGUGUUCCCUCUAAGAAGUGAGAUCCGUUCCCUCGCUGCCUCAUGGCCUCAAAGGAGUGACGGGUGUAGAAUCUGUAAAUCCAAAAUGGCUGGAGAUGGAGACCCCGGCCUCACAACAA